UCCUCCAUUAGGAGUCAGAGCAUGCUCAUGCACUGCAAUAAAUGAUCAAUUGUAUUUCUUUGGUGGAACAUGUGGCCAUGAUAAUUGCUGUCACAACAGUAUUACACAACUGGAUACCGUUAGUCUUCAGUGGAGAGAAUUAGAACCAACUGAUGCUACUAGACCAGUUAUGAGGAGAGGCUUCUAUGGAAUGAUAUCAUUUGAGCAUGAUGGAGUACACCAUUUACUAAUGAUAGGAGGCAUGGGAUCUAAACCAGCUGUACAACUACCAUGUUAUAAAUAUAUUGAUGGCCGUAAUGGAAGAUGGGCUACUAAUGAGCACUCAAUGUAUAAUCUUUCAUUAAGGAAAUGGAGCAAUCCUUCAAUCACUGGUCAAUUUAUACCAGCUAUUUUUUCCUUUACUAUUAAUAAGAUUAGUAGUACCAGAGCUAUUGUGUUUGGUGGAGCAGAAAUAACUGAUGAUAGUGCUAGUAACAACAUUUAUUUAUUAGAGAUUUCAAGUAAUAAUGUGUUCUGGCAGUGUGUAAAUAAACCUGAAGCAAUAGACCAAUGGCCUGUGGGGAGAGCCACUCAUGCAAGUGCUAUUAUUAGGACUGGAUCAGAAAGUCCUCCUAUGCUAGUGAUAAGUGGUGGAAUAAAUAAAGCUGCACAUGUACUUGAUGAUUGUUAUAUUUUUAAUAUCACUCAACGCUUCUGGACUAAAUUAGAUGUACCUCACUCUGUCAGUAAGAGAUUUGGUCAUACUCUUUCAGCGUUUAUUAUGAGUCCUCAUUGUGUCUGGAUAAUAGCUGUUGGAGGAGAUGAUGGAUCUAAUGAUGGUAUCAUUCAGUGUCCUAACAUUGUCAUGUUAACUGAAUUAGUUAUUAACAGUAAAGGAGAAUGGACAGUAGGUGAUACAUUAGACUCCAAUAGUAUUGGGAAUGAAGAAUACAAGACCGAAUAUCAUCAGCAACUUCAGUUAGGAAGAAGCAAAUGGUUGGAGGAAUGCCAGAAGCAAAGAAAAAGAGAUGGAGCCGAUAUUGACCAAUCAACCAUUCAAUCUCUAAUGGAAAACCUUCGUGUCAGCAAAGCAGAAAAGGAAAGAGAUGAACAACAUUUUCAUUUACAGUUAGAGCAGAAAGAGAGAGAAUUACAAGAGAAGGAUGGAGAACUACAGGAGAAGGACAGGGAGCUACAGGAGAAGGAAAGAGAGCUACAAGAGUCUCGGGAUGCAGUUCGUAUAUACCAGCAGCAAAUACUUACUGAUGAUCACUGGGUCAUUGAUAAAGAUGAGGUGACUCUGACUGGAGUAGAGCUAGGAAGAGGGUCUUAUGCCACUGUUAACAUUGGUAUCUUUAGAGGUUUAAGAGUAGCUGUCAAGUCACUUCAUACUAUCAUCAUCUCAGAUUAUAAUCUAGCUCUCUUCUCCAGGGAAAUGAGUAUAGCAUCACGAGUACGUCAUCCUAACCUGGUCCAGUUUAUUGGUGCAACUAAAGUGGGUACUCCUCUCAUCUUGACUGAGCUCAUGAACACUAGCCUUCACAAGGAGCUUCAGAAGAUCCGAUUGACAAAGCAACAGAUUCUGAGUAUUGCUCAAGAUGUAGCUUUAGGCCUCAACUACCUUCACCUGUUUAAGCCUCAGCCUAUUAUUCACAGAGAUGUCAGCAGUCCUAACGUAUUGUUAAAACCUUUUGGGCCUGCUGGUUAUGAAGCUAAAGUAUCAGAUUAUGGUACAGCUAAUCUCCAAGAAACAACUUCUACUAUUAUGCCAGGCAAUGCUGCUUAUGCUGCUCCUGAAGCUCGUGAUCCUGAACAACACAGUCCAGCAAUGGAUGUCUACAGUUACUCUGUUCUCCUCAUGGAAAUGACACUACAUCUGCUGCCUGAAAUGACACUAGCAAAGAGAGAACAACAAGCUGGUACUAUUUCUUGGCCUCCCAUGAAGUCUCUCAUACAAAGAGGGCUUAAUGCUGGAGCUCGUCCUACUAUGGCCCAAGUAAUAGAGUCAUUGAAAGCAAUAAAGAUCUGAUUUAUUAUUGUAAUUUAAUUUACCUUUUAUUUUAAUUACUCUGCUGCCUUUUGUUGUCUUUAGUAUCAUGUAGUUUUACUUUUUCCAAAUUCUCUUCCAAACUUUUUUAUUUGUUCUGCCUUUCUCUUCACUACCACUCUUCUCUUGUACUGCUUCCUUUUAAAGUA